GCCGCUAAAUGUUUACACGUAGGCUCCUCUAAAAACUUUAGAGUUCAAAGGCCAAGGGUUAAUUUGAAGAUGGCUGCCUCCCAAGAUGACAUUCUUUCUUUCUGCGUGGACACAACUAAAGUUUGCAGUUGUGUGGAAGUCCGAUUUAUUGACAAGGUUAAGGGCAAAGGAUUAUUUGCCAAGAAGGCCAUCAAGAAGGGAGACACCAUUUUUGUAGAGCGCCCUCUUGUCUCUUCCCAGUUCUUGUGGAAUUCCCAGUACAAAUAUAAAGCCUGUGAAUACUGCGUGAGUGCUCUGGAGACAGCUCAGGAUAAUGCCCGAAGACUGAGUGGCAACCCUGGCCUCAGUCUACCCCACACUGAGCUGUGCAAGGUGCGCCCAGAGCUGCACCAAGCUUGCCCACAAUGCCAGGUGAUGUACUGUAGCAACGAGUGUCGGCAGGCUGCGGCAGACCAGUACCAUCGGGCCCUGUGCUUAGGCCACUCCCAAGAGGACCCGGACCAUCCCGUCAACAAACUGAAGGAUGCCUGGAGGACUAUGCACUACCCUCCUGAGACCUCCAGCAUCAUGCUCAUGGCCAGGAUGGUGGCCACUGUCAAACAGGCCCAAGACAAAUGCUGCUGGCAGAAGUUGUUCUUUCAGUUCUGCAGCCGUGCGGCCAACGAGGAGGAGGAAAUUGCACACAAGCUGCUGGAAGAGAAGUUCCAGGGACAUUUGACCUUGCUACAAACCCUGUUUACGACAGCACUUUACGAUGAUCAUCUCAAUAUGUGGUUUACACCUGAGGGAUUUCGCUCCCUCUUCGCCCUUGUAGGCACCAAUGAACAGGGCAUAGGUACCAGCUCUCUCAGCCAAUGGGCUCAUGCAUGUGAUGCGUUGGAGCUGACUAGCCAGCAGAGGGAGCAAUUGGAUUCCUUCAUUGAUCAACUAUACAAGGACAUCGAAAGCUGAAUUUGAUUUGUCUCCGCAGAGACCGGUGACUUCCUGAACUGUGAGGGUUCUGGGCUCUUCCUACUUCAGAGCUCAUGUAACCACAGCUGCAUACCGAAAGCGGAGGCAUCUUUCCCGAACAACAACUUCUUGCUUCACCUCAGCGCCCUUAGUGACAUCAGCCUUGGAGAGGAGAUCUGCCUCAGUUACUUGGACUGCUGUCAGCGUGACCGGAGCUGUCAUAGCAGACAGAAAAUCCUGAGAGAACUACCUGUUCGUCUGCUCGUGUCCAAAAUGUGUGUCUCAGAUGGAUGAGCUGGAUCUGACGUCGUCGUCAGAUGACAUGGAGGAGGAGAUAACGGAUGUCUGCGGGGGAACAAAGACCAGCUCCCUCCCUCCUACUCACCCCCUCGCAAUCCCAUUCUCAGCCACGCUAGCUAACUGCAUCUCUGCCCAGUGAAGACCAAUUUCAAAGACGACAUAUCAAACUCCAAGCAUAUCAACUUCAGUUGUGUACCAAAAUAUAAUUUUUCAAGGAAAAAGUCACUCAAUGGCCUGAAGCUUUGGAUCUCCCGGUUGAAAAGCAUUUGGUCACAUGACUCUGCAGUAUCAGCCGUCGUCUCUAACCUCUCGUGUAGCUUCUGCUUAUUGGAAACGUUUACAUUAAAGACACCCAGAUUGAAUUUAUCACAGUUUAGUACCUCUAGAAUGGUAGAAAUCAUUAAAUAGGCAAGAUGUAAUUUAUUCCUUAGGUGUUGCUUGCACCUUUGCCCUCAGAACAGCCUCAAUUCGUUGUGGCAUGGACUCUGCAAGGUAUCAAAGCGUUACACGGAUGCUGUCCCAUGUUGACUCCAAUGGGAGAAUUCUUGAUACCCACGGGAAACUGCAGCAUUGCAGUUCUUGACACAAACCAGUGUGCCUUGCGCCUACUACUAAACUCACUGAAAUGCACACAUACACAAUCCAUGUCUAAAUUGUCUCAAGGCUUAAAAAUCCUUCUUUAACCUGUCUCCUCCCCUUCAUCUACACUGAUUUGAAGUGGAUUUAACAAGUGACAUCAAUAAGGGAUCAUAGCUUUCACAGGCUGUUCUCAGCAUGACUGUUGUAGUACAAUUUGUGUCAACUGUGUAAUGCCAUUGCAUCAGCAUGGACCAAAAUCCCUGUGGAACACUUUUGACACCUUGUAGAAUGCCCCUAAGAAUUCAGGCUGCUGUUCAUGAAAAGGAAGGUCCGACCCGGUACUAGAUGUGUAUCUAAUAAACUGUCCGGUGAGUAUGUUCUGAGAAGGAUAAUGCACCUGGCCAAUCUAGUAGUGAUAACAUUAAAGUAUCUACAGUGUAGCUGAAGUAACCAGGCCAAAUUAAGUACAUCGAUCUAUCAAGGAACGUUAGAAACAUUGCAACCUAGGAGUUAACCAUCAGCCAGAAUAACCUUGAGCAGUAGAAAGCUAUUGUCUGUUAACUAUUUCCCUGUUUAUUGAGAACUGUUAUUUCCACAUGAGUGAAAUUGCUGCUACUGCCCACUCGUGAAUCAAUAGAACUACAAUGACCGUAAUCUUCAAUGCCAAUGUUUUCAAUGUUACCGAACAAAUAUGGCUAACAUCAAAUGACUAACCUCAAUUAUCUCAGUUGGCAUUCAGAGCACUGGUGCAUGAGAACAAAUUGCUUUUGAUGUCACAAGGACAUGCUGCAGCAUAAGAACGGCAGCAAACACUGUAUGAGAAUCCUAGCAAUUGUAAUUUUUACCACUGGCAUAAACCAUUGAGAUUAAAAUGUGUUCUCUUAUUUUCUU